AUGUCGGCAAAAAUUUAUUUUAACCAUGCCCCUUUACUUCUCAUAACCAUAAUUUUUGUUAUUUCCAUUCAAGCAUUCAAACUAUCACAAUCAACAAAUCAACUUAUCAACAAUGUCUCUAAUUUCGAUCAUUCACUCACUUUGGCUUGUCUAACGAUCUGGAUAAUUCUCACAUUAUACUUCUUGAACAAGUCACAAACAAUCUACCUCGUUGACUUUGCUUGUUUCAAGCCAUCUAUAGUUUAUAGAAUAUCCUCUGCGGCCGCACUUGAACAUGCCAAAAUCAUCUUAGCCUCAGAGCCCAAGAGCAUUGCCUUCGGGCUCAAGAUUUUGGAAAGGUCAGGUUUAGGGGAGGAAACAUGUUUACCACAGCCAUUACAUUAUCUACCACCAAACACUACUAUGAUGGAUGCUAGAGAUGAGUCUCAUUUGAUCAUUUUCUCAGCUAUGGACUCUUUGUUACAAAAAACAGGAAUCAGCCCGUCAGAAAUCGAUAUUCUGAUUGUAAAUUGUAGUCUUUUCGCACCAACUCCAUCACUUUCGGCUAUGGUGGUAAACAAGUAUAAAAUGCGAGAAGACGUUAUGAGCUAUAACUUGUCAGGAAUGGGGUGCAGUGCAAGUUUAAUAUCUAUAGAUUUUGCUAAAAAUCUACUUCAAGUCCACCCCGAAUCCAAUGCAAUUGUGAUAAGUACUGAAAUACUUACACCAAAUUCUUACAAAGGUAAAGAUAGGUCAAUGCUUCUUCCAAAUGUUCUUUUUAGAAUGGGAGGAGCAGCGAUCCUCUUAACCAAUAAAAAAUCUCAACGUAAGCAUGCAAAGUACAAACUUUUGCAUGCGGUUCGGACCCAUAGAGGAUCCAAUGACAAAUCCUAUCGUUGUGUCUCUCAAGAAGAAGACGACGAAGGACAUGUCGGGGUUAAACUAAAUUUAGACCUCUUGGUAGUCGCAGAAGGCGCUUUGAAGGCAAAUAUAAGUGUCAUUGGCCCGUUGGUUCUUCCCAUAACAGAGCAACUCUUGUUUGCGUUGAAUUUCAUAAAGAGAAAGUUUCUUAAGGUUGAUACGAAACCUUACAUUCCUAACUUCAAAAAGGUGUUCGAUCAUUUCUGUAUUCAUGCAGGUGGAAGGUUGAUUAUCGACGAGCUUAAGAAGAGCUUCAGGCUAUCGGAGGAAGACGUGGAAGCGUCGAGGAUGACGUUGCACCGGUUUGGAAACACGUCUUCGUCUUCAUUGUGGUAUGAGUUGGGUUAUAUUGAAGCGAAAAGGAGGAUGAAAAAAGGAGAUAAGAUUUGGCAAAUAGGACUUGGAAGUGGUUUUAAAUGUAAUAGUGCAGUUUGGAAAUGUAACAGACAAAUUGAACCUACAAAAAAUGAUGCAUGGGCUGAUUGCAUCCAUAGGUACCCUGUCUUCCAGCCAAAAGUUGUGAAGUUUUAAACUAGCCUGGGACAAAUUAUGCAUUUUCUUGUACUUUAGAGAAAUCCUAGGCCUUAACUAAAUAAAGCUAGGGACAAAUGAAUGAAUUUU